UCCACCAUCCACCAUAUAAAAAAAGGGUUUUCACUUUCCACAAACACUCAAAACCCCUACUCAAAUGGCGUCUGAAUUCUCCCCUAAAGACACCGAAUCCAACCCUCACUCACCCUCACAGUCGCUCUUCAUCAAACGCCGCUGCUGUUUCUGCAUCCCCUACCGAUGGCACAAAGUCAAUUCCUCUUCCAGUUCACCAGACCACACGGAACCACAAACUCUCUGGUCACGUGGCAUCGACGCUUUAAAAAAGCUUCGCGAGUGGUCAGAGAUCGUCGCCGGUCCACGCUGGAAAACCUUCAUCCGCCGCUUCAACCGGAACAAAAGCUCCGGCCGAAAUUGUUCCAAGUUUCAAUACGAUCCGCUCGGUUACUCGCUCAAUUUCGAUGAAGGACCGUUCGAAAACGGUGAUUCUGAGAUGGAGAAUGAGUAUAUCGUUCGUAACUUCUCGUCGCGAUACGCGUUGAGAACGAAUGUUUCCAAAACGACGUCGGAUGGUGGUAAGGAUGUUGUUAUAGGUCCGAAUUUCGUGUGAUUUUUUUUCUUUUUUCUUUUUUUUUUUAAGUUUUGGAUCUGGAUUGAUAGAUAUUUUUUAGGUUUUGAGAUUGCACUAGCUCAUCAAUGGUACUGUUUGUAAAUAUAAUAAAAACACAGGAGGAGAAAGUGAAAGGUGUAUGAUGAAUUUGGACAGCUGUAUCUUUCAUAUUUCAUGAAUUUCAUAAUUAUGAAUAAAUUAAAAAAGU